UCAUUCAUUUAAGUUUUGGUUUUGAAUUAGCAUGAGUACCGACUAGUGGUCUGCCCCACAUUGAAUCGGUCUGUCGAUCAUGGUCGAUAUAUAUAUUUCAUAUAUAUAUAUAUAUAUAUAUAUAUACAAAUACCGAAUGAUUUGGUUAUGAUCCAUUCAUAUUCCAAUUGAUGCAUAUCGAUCACAUACUCAUAACUGAUUAUCAAUAACCAAAAUACUUAUAGAAUGACUUCACGAUUAUCCCUUAUAAAUCAACAUUUAAAUAUCAAUCAUACUAACAGUAAUAUAAUACCUAGUGGUGAUAUUGGUUUAAUCGGUUUAGCCGUUAUGGGUCAAAAUUUGAUUCUUAAUGCUGCUGACCAUGGUUUUACUGUUGUUGCUUACAAUAGAACUGUUUCUAAAGUUGAUGAAUUUUUAGCUAAUGAAGCUAAAGGUAAAUCCAUCAUUGGUGCUAAAUCAAUUGAAGAAUUGGUUGCCAAUUUAAAAAGACCAAGAAGAAUUAUCUUAUUAGUUAAGGCCGGUAAACCAGUUGAUGCUUUUAUUGAUCAAUUAUUACCUCAUUUAGAUCAAGGUGAUAUUAUUAUCGAUGGUGGUAAUUCUCAUUUCCCAGAUUCCAACAGAAGAUUUGCUGAUUUAAAAGAAAAGGGUAUUUUAUUUGUUGGUUCCGGUGUUUCUGGUGGUGAAGAAGGUGCUAGAUAUGGUCCUUCUUUAAUGCCAGGUGGUCAUCCAGAUGCUUGGCCUCACAUUAAGGAAAUUUUCCAAUCUAUUGCUGCCAAAUCUGAUGGUGAACCAUGUUGUGACUGGGUUGGUGAUGCCGGUGCUGGUCAUUAUGUUAAAAUGGUUCAUAAUGGUAUUGAAUAUGGUGAUAUGCAAUUAAUUUGUGAAGCUUAUGAUUUAUUAAAAAGAGUUGGUAAAUUCACUAAUAAAGAAAUUGGUGAUGUCUUUUCUACUUGGAAUAAAGGUGUAUUAGAUUCUUUCUUAAUUGAAAUUACUAGAGAUAUUCUUUAUUAUAAUGAUCCAACCGAUGGUAAACCAUUAUUAGAAAAAAUUUUAGAUUCUGCUGGUCAAAAAGGUACUGGUAAAUGGACUGCCAUUAAUGCUCUUGAUUUAGGUAUGCCAGUUACUUUAAUUGGUGAAGCUGUCUUUUCCAGAUGUCUUUCUGCUUUAAAGAAUGAAAGAGUUAGAGCUUCUACUAUUUUAGAAGGUCCAACUGUUGAUGGUGCUUCUCCAAUCACUGAUAGAACUAAAUUUGUUGAUGAUUUAGAACAAGCUUUAUAUGCUUCUAAAAUUAUCUCUUAUGCUCAAGGUUUCAUGUUAAUUAAUGAAGCUGCUAAAGAAUAUGGUUGGAAAUUAAACAAUCCUGCCAUUGCUUUAAUGUGGAGAGGUGGUUGUAUUAUUAGAUCUGUUUUCUUAGGUGAAAUCACUGCUGCUUAUAGAGAAAACCCAGAUUUAGAAAACUUGUUAUUCCAUCCAUUCUUCCAUAAAGCCAUCACUAAGGCUCAAUCCGGUUGGAGAGCUUCUAUUGGUAAAGCUAUUGAAUAUGGGGUUCCAGUUCCAGCUUUUACUACCGCUUUAUCUUUCUAUGAUGGUUAUAGAUCAGCUCAAUUACCAGCUAAUUUAUUACAAGCUCAAAGAGAUUAUUUCGGUGCUCACACUUUUAAAGUGUUACCAGGUCAAGAAAAUGAACUCUUAAAGGGUGAUUGGAUUCAUAUCAAUUGGACUGGUAAAGGUGGUAACGUUUCUGCUUCAACUUAUGAUGCUUAAAUGUGAUUCUACUCUUUUCCAAUCACUUUAUAUAAUCUUUUUUUUUUUUUAAUUAGUGUCUUUUUUUUAAAAACGAGGAAUUUAGUUUUCUAAUAUACAAAAAAAUAAAUUAUUAAAAUUAAACCUUUUAAU